CUUAAGUGGGACGCUGAUGGUGAGGCCGAGUUCUUCAAUCGAUAAAGACUUCAAUAUUACUGCGUCUCGCGUCAUGCAUUUCCAAUAGGGACAGAAGCGCGUCUUGACGCAAAGGGUGAAUGGGGAGUACAGAAAUGUAGAUCCACCAGAACAAACUAAACCAUAAUCAUGGCCGCGAAAGCGCAAGCGCUGUUGUUCGUGUCGCCCCGAUUCGCAGCGAGUUUACUUUGCGGAGCACGUUACGCUUGUGGGGAGCUGAUAGCGCUUGUAAACAACGAACGAGACGAGGAAAGCAAGAGAUCCCCGCCGCCUACGCCUGAUGUGGAGAAGAAUAGUCCGCGGUGGAAGCAUGAUUCCGCAGGCGCACCACCUGUCAGAUCUCCUUCGACACAGAGUCCACGCUCUUCUGGUGCCAGCUGCCGCUCGGAUGCGAACUACACCCAACUACAAAAUAGAUUGGAACUCGAAGAGACCACGAAUGCAAGUAGUAGCCUAUCUACAUCAAAAAGUAUAUGGAUGAUGUUUAUUCCAUCCUUACUACCAUCGAGGCUGCUUCUUUCCCCUUAAAACUGUAUAGCUGAAGGGGUGCCUCGAUGGUCUGGCUAGAUGGGAAGAACGUCAUCCAUAAAGUAGUAGCAAGGAUAAUGUGGCUUCUUCCACGUGGUCAGCAAUUCUCCUCCAGAACGGCAAGCGGGUGUGUGCCUUCGCCACCUAUGGUUUUUUGUACGCUUUUCUGCUCGGCUACAAUAUGGACACGGUUGUGUAUCCACUCGUGCUCGGGCACAGGCCGCUCGUAAUCGCUGUGGUGGAUGUGCUGGUGUAUUCCCCGUUUCUCUGGUGUCCUCUCUUCUACGUCGCUAAGGGAAUGCUGGACGCUUUUUUCCCACCAGUUCUGGGCCUUGCGCAUCGUCACGAGGCCUUGGUGGAGCACGCAAUUCCGAUGGGAGAGAAUCUGAAGUUGUGGGGGACGACCGUGGCAGAGGUGGUGCCCACUGCGUUGCGGAAGUACUUUUUCGAAAGCUUCUGGAAGGAUAAUGGGGUGGUCUGCGCAUUCUGGAUUCCGGCAAACUACAUGAUUUAUUUAAGGGAGGUGCUGGCUUUCUGCUCUACUCCGAAAACUAGUUGUCAGUAGAUUAUGCUAUUCCAAAUCCAAAGAGGGCCCUGUGUAUUGAAGGUGAUUGGCUCACGAGGGACGACCUUCUAAAAAAGGUAGCUAGUUGUCACCCACAACAAGGCGAAAGAGUUGCUCAGGAGUCAAGGAAGGACUUAAUAGGUCAAAAAAUAGCAUUCUUUCUUCUAAUGUAUCGCUUCCCGCCGCUUGAAUACCGCACACUGGCAGGGAACGUCAUCGCGUCGUUCUGGACCUGCGGAUGGAUUGUCUGGAAGUCGGCGGCGGUGGUGCCGGAUCCCACAGUCAUCGAAGGGUCCGACCACGGACAACGCGUCAUGGAACGGAACUACAUCGCUGAGGGAGGCGCUAGCAUCGCAUCUCAUCCCUUCCAGCCCGCGGGAACGUCGACCACAACCGAGGAAGAACCCGCGACCCUUACUAGGUAGUAGUAUGUUUUUGGACGCCACCGAGUGGUGCGUCAUUCGACCGAACUCAUUAGUUUAGUUCGAAUCCGCACUGCGCUCCUUGCUUGAGUCGAGCAGGUAUAUGUAGAAUCUGAGGAAGUGCCACAAUUGCGAUACGAGUUUUCCGCCCCUUGUUUCACUUUCACAGAUCGUCAGGCGAUAAGCUGUCCGUGGCAUCGAAAGACACACAUGCAGAAGCUCUUGGUUUGAGCAGUGCUGAAAGUCGAGAAUUUUUGUUUGGAUUCGAAGCCUCGACUUCUGAUGGAGCGACCACAGACUCGUCUUGUGGAACAAAUACUACACAGUACGGCUCGCUCCCAGUGCUGCGCCGCGCAUGUGGAUCCGCGGCACAAGAUGACUCGAGAGGAAAAAUGUAG